CAAAAGUAGGUGUGUUGUCGUUGUAAUGUUGAAAAAAUAAAAAAGAAGGAAGAAAAUCUGUGUUUUUUUUGUGUAGAUAACGUCGCUAUGGGUGUUAUUCUUCCAAGGAAUCCACAAUCUCCUCCUCGGUAACCAGAAAGAUUCAUUACAACACCAGCACAACAACAGCAUUGUUCUCUGCUCUCUUUUGCUUCGGCAAGUCCCAGGCUUUCCAAAAGCCAAUCCCUUUUCGCUCACCAAGGUUAAAACUUCCUGUUUUCUGGUCAAAAUCGGUUGUUUCCAUUGAUGGGUUUUCUGUCAAAAUGGGUUGUUUCCAUUUAUGGGUUUUGUGCUUCAGAGACUGCUUUCAAAUGGGUAUAGGUUAGAUUUUUGGAUAUCUUGCCUUUUCCUUAAGAGGGUUCCUUUAAUGGAUUCUGUAGGAGUUUUGAUUGAUGGGUUUGGAAGUCCAGUGAGUACAUUUUAGAUUAAUAAUCUGUGAAUGAGUUGUGAAAUUCAGUUUUUGCUUAUAUAAAUUUGUUUUUCAGAUUUGGAAUAGUGGAUUCUACUCAUUUGUUUGGAAUUCUUUAUAGCAGUUGAUUCUUGCUUCAUAUUCCGUUAAUCAGUUGUGGAUAUUGUUUGUUGGAUUUAGAUCAUUGAGAAAGUGCUGGCAAUAGUUACAAAGAGAAAACUUGCUUUGUGCUGUUCUGUUAGUGUUUCCGUUCUGUGGAAGCGGCUUUCAUUUUCAAACUCUUUAUUAGUUCGAACAGGUUGGCAAUUUUGAAUGCUUGAGAUUAGGAAGGCUUUUUUCUUUCUUUGAAUUAAUGGUAGUUGUUUUUAGGAUUUUAAUGGUGACAAUUGAAAUAAUGAGGAUGCCUUGGAAUUAGGGAGGUAUUACUCUAUUUUUCUUCUUCGUGGAAGGAGAGCAGAUAUGGAUUUAUGGGUUGUUGGAGCCGCUGCCGCUGCUGGAUAUAUAGCUAAAUAUUGGCAAAAUCUUUCAAAACAUAGGGCUAGUUCAUUGGAGUUGUCUUCUGGAACCUCCACUUGCGAAAAACCUGAAACCUCAAGUUCUCCCUUUCAUAAAUUGAUUAGAAGGAAACAACCUGAAGACACUCUUACAAAAGGAAGACACUUUUCAGAUGGAGGAUUCUCAGAUAUGUACCAUCUGGACGGUGCUUCAGACACUGAAGCACCAUCUACUAGUAGUUUUGGUGAAAGGAUUGUAAGAUUGAGAAAUUAUGAUGAUUGCAAUGUGCUUUCUAUGUCGAGCAUACCACCUGGAUUCUCAGUAAAUGAAAACUUAAAAGAAAAUGAGGAUGGAAAUGGGCUGAAUGAUAAUAUGGAUGAUAAUUCCAGUAACCCUUAUACAGGUGAAUUCGAUUCUUUUCAUUGUUCUGGCAAGAACUCUCUUAGAACUAAACAUUCAGGCAGCCAUGUUGUCAAACCUUUUAGCUCACUAGAUAGCUGUCUUAUGGCUCAGUUAUACAAGGAACAUGCUAGAAUGGAAGAAUAUGUGCUUAGUGCUCUCCGGUCACCAUCCACUAUUAUGAAGCCAUUACUGAUAACUGAUGGAACGCAAAUAAUUAGCAGAGCGGAUAGGGAUUCUUUAAGUGCACAAAUUGCAAGAGAUAAUAAUAGGUGGCACAAGGAGGAAAUUGUUUGUGGAGUUCCUCCACUACCAAAAAUUGGAUUUUCAGAUCACCUGAAGAAGAUAAAAUCCAAGAGUGGAAAGAGGCAGACUGAAAGAUUGAGCAGUUCCCAAAAGCACCUACGAUCACCAAAUGGUUCACAUGAUGGAACGGUUUUAUUCUGUUUGGGUGUUUCUAUUGGUAUAAUCUCUUCUCUCAUGGCUAAUGGAAGAGAAGUAAACCAGCUAAAAGAAGAUUUGAAACAUACUCAGAACUUGGUUCAAGAUCUACAAGAGGAACUUGAGAUGAAGGAUUCAUUGACUGUGAAGCAACUGGCAAAUGAGAACAAUGAAUCACAAGAUACCUGUGAUAACUCCUUUCACUACAUGGCAUCGAAUCCACAUCUCCUCAUACAGAAUGUGAAUGAUUCAAUGAACAACAUUGGUGCAGUAUCAUACAAUGAGAACACAGAGCAGAGUCCAGAGUCUAUGAGUAAAAUUGAAGCAGAGCUUGAAGCCGAGCUUGAGAGGUUGGGGCUAAACAUGAAUCCAUCUGGUCCCCUGAGAAGAUUGUCUGAACUUGUUGAGCUUGACCCAGACUCUACAGCAGAUUUUGCUCGAGGAGAACUGAGGCACAUGGUCAGCGGGCAAGCUGCUGCUCAAUCUGAGUCAAAUCUAGAUGCAAGGGGCACCUCCCCUACUUGCUCUGCUAAUUAUGCAGUUUCACCACGAGAAUUGAGCUUGCAUCUCCAUGAGGUUAUUCAGUCAAGACUUCAAGAGCGUGUGAAGGAGCUUGAGACAGCCCUUCAAAACAGCCAGAGGAAGGUGCAACUCCUGGAAUCAGACCAUAAGAAUGUUCAAAGGUUGUUGUCAACCACCGAGCCAAGAUACUCCUCUGGGGAAGUAAGUCCAGUUGUUGAAGGAGAUUUCAGUUGCAUAGAUCAGCCUCUAGUUAUGAAUUUAUCUAGGGAAGCCCUGGAUGCGUACAAUGAGGCAUAUGAAGAGCUAAACAAGAUGAAUGAAUCUGAGGAAGAAGAUUCACUGUCUGGGGAUUUUGAAGACGGUCAAGCGGGCUUGCAUCUAUUUGACCAGAGGGUGUCAUGGGGUCAAAAUGAUAGCAAUCAGAAGUCCAGCUCCCCCCGAAAUGCAUUUGAAGUUGAAGAGCUACGAUGGUUGAAUUUUGGUUAA